GCCGGGGCUCGGCUACAAAAGAGGUCGGCUGCGGCGGGCCGGGCGGAACUUUCCAGAACGCUCGGUGGGUGGUGGAGGAGCAGCGUGUGGCCGAGCUGCGCUGUGCUCCGCUCCCCUUUCCGCUCUCCGGCGCCGGCCCGCUCACUGGCUGUAAAAAAUGGUGAAAGAGACCACUUACUACGAUGUUUUGGGGGUCAAACCCAAUGCCACCCAGGAAGAAUUGAAAAAGGCAUAUAGAAAAUUGGCCUUGAAGUACCACCCUGAUAAGAAUCCAAAUGAAGGAGAAAAGUUUAAACAGAUUUCUCAAGCUUAUGAAGUUCUUGCUGAUUCCAAAAAAAGGGAACUAUAUGAUAAAGGAGGGGAGCAGGCGAUUAAAGAGGGCGGAGCAGGUGGUGGUUUUGGCUCACCCAUGGAUAUCUUUGAUAUGUUCUUUGGAGGAGGAGGAAGAAUGCAAAGAGAAAGGAGAGGUAAAAAUGUUGUUCAUCAGCUCUCAGUGACCUUAGAAGACUUAUAUAAUGGUGCAACAAGAAAACUGGCUCUGCAAAAGAAUGUGAUUUGUGACAAAUGUGAAGGCCGAGGUGGUAAAAAAGGAGCAGUAGAGUGCUGUCCCAACUGCCGGGGGACAGGCAUGCAGAUAAGGAUUCAUCAGAUUGGGCCAGGGAUGGUUCAGCAAAUUCAGUCGGUGUGCAUGGAGUGCCAGGGUCAUGGAGAACGCAUCAGUCCUAAAGACAGAUGUAAAAGCUGCAAUGGAAGAAAGAUAGUUCGAGAGAAGAAGAUUUUAGAAGUUCAUAUUGAUAAAGGCAUGAAAGAUGGUCAGAAGAUAACAUUCCACGGUGAAGGAGACCAAGAACCAGGACUGGAGCCAGGAGAUAUUAUCAUUGUGUUAGAUCAGAAGGACCAUGCUGUUUUUACAAGGCGAGGAGAAGACCUUUUCAUGUGUAUGGACAUACAGCUGGUUGAAGCAUUGUGCGGCUUCCAAAAGCCAAUAUCUACUCUUGACAACCGAACCAUAGUCAUCACCUCUCAUCCAGGUCAGAUUGUCAAGCAUGGGGAUAUAAAAUGUGUGCUAAAUGAAGGUAUGCCAAUAUACCGUCGGCCAUAUGAAAAGGGACGUCUAAUCAUUGAGUUUAAGGUAAACUUCCCUGAAAAUGGCUUUCUCUCUCCUGAUAAACUCUCUUUGCUGGAAAAACUCCUCCCUGAAAGGAAGGAGGUAGAAGAGACUGAUGAAAUGGAUCAGGUAGAACUGGUGGACUUUGAUCCAAAUCAGGAAAGACGGCGUCAUUAUAAUGGAGAAGCGUAUGAGGAUGAUGAACAUCACCCCAGAGGUGGCGUUCAGUGUCAGACCUCUUAAUGGGCCAGUCAAGUCACUCUUUGACAUUCUGUAUGCAGUAGUGAAUGUGGGAAGGACUGUAAUCAUAAUAAGCUCACUACUUGGCUAUUGUUUUUGUUUUAAUAUUCAACUAUAGUAGUGUUUUAAAAGUUAAAUGAAGAAUAAACACAAAUAUAAAAGCUCUGACUUUGCCCUGUAUGUAUGAUGACUUCAAUGUUCAAGAUGAAAAUGAAUACUUGUAAAAACUAGUUUAAAAAGUUCCCUAGCAUCUGUUAGGCCAUAUCUUGUGUAACUGAUAAUAGCUGUGUGCAUUAGACUGACAUGCUAGGUGUGUGUUGUAUGACCCUUCAUUGUUAAGCUAUGGGAUUAAAAUUCUGUAUUUAACUGGUAAUCAAAAGAAAACAAUUAGUUACAUGUUGGUCUGUCUAGUUGUAUCAAGUGAACCAAUUGUGAUGCCUCUGCAUUGUAUUGCCUCAGCCAUUACUAGAAGGUGGCAUAAUACAUUUUGCCUGUUAUUAGUGAUAGAAAUGAUACAUUCCUAAAGAAGUUUAUCAUAAGCUACUGCUUAAGGGCUUGCUCUUCUAGAUUGCAUUCCCUUCUGCUGUGCCAUUUUAAAUAUAUAUAUAAACAGAAAACAUGAUCACCUUUUUCCCUUCUCAAACCAUGAUAAGCCCUUGCUUGGGUGUAGUGACUUCCAAAGCCCAAGUAACUUAAAAAUUAAAGUGUACGUGGAGAGGUGGUUUGCAUGUAUAAUCCAGGGAAGGUGUUCCUUAGGUCUGUUACAGGCUUUCUAUUCGACUUAGGCUCCAACGUAAUUGCAAUUUAAUGUUGGUAGUAUAGCAAAUUAUGAAUAGAUUUGUUGUAUGUUUUGAAGUCACAUGCUUACAUGCUUAAAUCUGGAUAUCAGAAUUUAAGCAGUUACUGAAAUGUAUGACUGUCUAAUAUACUGAUUACAAAGUGUU